AUGUUUAUACUGCUCUGUGCACUGAAUGUGCUGCUUGUGCAGGCUGAGAAGAUUCCUGAUUCACAGAUAGAGGGAAAGACAAUUAGUGACCUUAAGAAGGAGGAAAUAGAACUGUUGACUGAGGAACAGAAGAAGGAGUUGGAGAAGAACCAGAAGGAGAAGGAUGCAAAGGAGAGUAGCAAUGGCACUACUAAAGAGUCUAAUAAGGAAACUAGUAAACCAGAGACCACAACUAAUAGCAGUACUGAACCAGGCAAAACAACCAGCACUUCAUCAUCUAAGUCAGCUUCAACCAGCACUACGUCUUCCACUGAGAAGCAGAAGAGUCCUCUGACUAAGACAUUGGAGAAUGGCGAUGUGGUCGUGGUAUCAGCUGGUAAAACGACAACAAUGAAACCAGAAGAAGCAAAGAAGUACAGUGAAUCAAGUAAGAAAGAAGCUACUGAAACAAGCAUCAAGCAGUCUACUGAAUCGGAUAAGAAAGAGACCAGUAAAGCUGAUGGUAAACAGACUACUGAAUCAGGUAAGAAGCAAACAUCAACGACAUCCACAUCAACAACAUCACCAUCUAAAUCAUCAGAACGAAUCAAAUCACAAUCAGAAUCGAUCACGAGUGAAGUGGAUUCUUUGAUAGCACAGACAACGAGGUCACCUGUUGAGUUGCAUGUGAGACCAGUUGAGACUACUACGACAACAACAACAUCAUCGACUGCAACAGGUGAACCAAAGUCCACACCACAAAAUGUGGCAGUGAAUGAUUCAAAGAAGAGCACUUUGAGAGGCUAUCAGGGUGAAAAGAGGAGUUUCCUAACGAAGUUGUUUGACAGCCUCAAGUCGCAUGCAACUGAGCCAGAGGAGAAGAAGCUGAAUGUUGGAGAGGUGCCACUACCAGAAGUGACAAUAAAGCAGAAGAUAAUGAAGAAACUGAAGUCUAUGAAUCCAAUUACAUCAAAGGUAGAAACAGCAACGAAUAAUGAAGGAGGAAGUAAGAAGGAGGAAACUGGUACAAAGAAGGACGAAACUGGUAUGAAGAAGGACGAAGGUAAGAAAGAGGAUAGUCAGAAGGAUGAUACGAUACAGGAGGAUCUACCAAAUAACUUGCAGGAUGAGAUGUUUGAGAAACUUACUAAACCAAGGAGAGAUUGGAUUAAGGCAGAAGCAAGGAAUGAAAUGAUUAGGAGUGAGAAGAUGGGAAUAAGGUCCAAUUUGAUGACUGGAAUAAUUAAUGAAUCAUUGGCAAAAGAGGAAGCAGAUGAUGAUGACGACGACGAAGAGGAUACAGGUUCAAAGAAGAGUUCAACUAAGAAAUCAAAGAAGAAAUCAAAUAGCCUGAUGGGAGAAAUGGAAAUAUUGGAAUUAAAUUAG